GCAGUAGUGGAAGAGUAUCGUUUGCACAUACUGUAGGUACUGACUGUGCUGCUCUGCUUGGUGCCGUCGUCGUGAUGCGGUGUUAUUAUUAAAUUAGAAGAAAAUUGUGGAUGCGAAUUUCGGUGGUGCCUGGCUGUCGGAACGGGAAAUCGUCGUGAAAAUCUGCGUUCGGUUUGCGAGUUUUCCGCGGAGUGAAUCGGUGGUGGCGACGGACAGUGGGUGGAAAGCCUUCCGAUAUGCCGUAGAAACGGGGGGCGACCUAUAGAGAAUGACCUGCAGGGGAAUUUUCUUCUGCUUGACUCGUCACGACAAAAUAUAAUAUUGGAAGGGAAAUUAAAACGGAAGGUGAAUUUUGCGUGUUUUUUGCCCUCGGUUGGCUGGGUGGAAGAAGUGAAGUGAAGUGAAGUGAUCUAUGGUGGGGGAGUUGGAAGGAAGAAGGUUUUCGGAAAUCGUCCAAGCACGAUAAGGUGAAGAUUGCGGAGUUGUUCUUUCCGAUAGUGAAGGGCAACGGAGCAAGGGGUGUGAAAGUGUGUGGCUCGAAGAGGCAUUCAAGGGUGUUGUUUUUGUUAUUGUUGCACUGUUGUUAUUGAUUGCCUGGUGUCGUCGCCUGCAUAUACGGACGAGGUGCGUUGGACGUCGACGGAGACCUGUUUGGAAGAUUGCGAAUACCUGCACAGCAAACACACACACGGCGAUAGAACAACCAUGGCGAGUUAUGCGGAAUAUGGAUAUCUUUCCGGAGCGGAUGAGCUGAAUAACGAGGAAGGCACCUGCUGCCGUCUGCGGGUGAAGGUCAUCGCAGGACAUCAGCUGGCCAAGAAGGACAUCUUCGGUGCUAGUGACCCGUACGUCCGGAUCGACCUCAACACCAUCACCGGAGACGAGAACAUCGAUUCGGUGCUGACGAAAACCAAGAAGAAAACCCUCAACCCCAAGUGGAACGAAGAGUUCAUCUUCCGGGUGAAACCGAACGAGCACAAGCUGGUGUUUCAGGUAUUCGACGAAAAUCGCCUCACCCGGGACGACUUCCUCGGCAUGGUGGAACUGUCGCUCAGCCAGCUGCCGAAGGAAACCGAAGGUGUUCAGGUUCCGAUCAAAAGCUAUCCACUGCGGCCCCGAAGUGCCCGGUCCAAGGUGCGAGGUCAGCUGGAUCUGUAUCAUGCCUACAUCCAGGAUCUGAACGCGUCCAGCGAAGCGGACUGGGAAAUCAUCGAGUCGAAUAAUUCAAUCUCUAGUAAUUCUAAUAUCGCAAGCAGUGCAGCCGAAACGCUGCCAUCCGGCUGGGAAGAGCGACAGGAUGCCAACGGACGAACCUACUACGUUAACCAUCUAGCACGGACGACGCAAUGGGAGCGACCUACGGCCGCCUUAACUCAAUCAUCACAGGACAACGACAUGGCAGCUGCCUUCCAGAGACGUGUUCAUAUCAGCGUAGACGACAACAUCACGGACUACGAAAACACGAGCACCGACAACGAUUCGAUCUGUUUGACGAACGACGAAAGCGACGAAGAUGGCGACGCAGGCCGUGACGGUGCAACGUCGUCACAGUCUACGAAUGCGACGGCGGCCUUUUCGCGUCGUGAAACGGUCGAUUCGCAGUCUUCGCUCGUCAUCGUAGAGGACGAAUCCGGAGCACCGUUGGAGGUUGUGGAAGCCGCGGAAGAGGAAACCGCUAUCGCUGUACCACCGGAAGACGAACGUGGAGUCGAUGCGCUGAGCGUCGAUCUCCUGGACGUAGGGAUUCAAGAGGCAAGCAAUGCUUCAUCGUUGAACAGCUCGGUCGCCUCUCUAGCAGCACCCGGUAGACCACCCUUGCCGGGUAGCAACGGAAAUGGCAAUGAAGCGGAUGAAGGUGGCGCUGUGGUGUUCCGAUCGGAUUCACUGCGGUCGCUUCCGACGAUACGGGUCAGUUCACCGCCGCUCUUGCCUGCGGCCCUGGUUAGAAGUCCGAGCCGGGUAGCUUCGAUGGCGAAUCCUACCCCGGCGGGAGUCAACCGAAGAAGGAGACUUCCAACGCCGUUACCGCCGAUGCUGCCAAGACAGGCAUCCGUUGAGGAAGAGGAAGAGGAGGAAGAAGCUCCUCCGUCGCCACAGGAAGUUCUUCAGUUUGCCGAAGGCGCUGAUGAGGACUUGGAUCAUGCGGCGCAGAACCGUAUUCUGCAGCACCUGAACGAGGGCAGUCGCCGUUCGUCGAGUCGGUCAUCGAUUGGUAGUGCGGGAAGUGCUGGAGUUCACGGUAGAGCAGGAGCAGACGGCGAUGAAGCAGACAGUGGUGGAGGUGGACGGCGGUCGUCCACGAACAACAACAACGAUACGAGUGAUGAUCGUUCGUCGACGCGGUCGUCAACGUCGAACGAGAACGAUUCGUCCAGUGGCAGUCCCGCAGGAACGGAUGUGGUCCUGCCGACCGGGUGGUCGAUGCAGUUGGCUCCCAAUGGGAGGGUGUUUUUCAUCGAUCAUAACGAGAAGAAGACCUCCUGGGUGGAUCCGCGGACGGGACGGGCCAGUCCGAUGCCAAAUGCGUCGAGCAGUUCGACCGUCAGUGAUUCCAGGCGACCGGAGGAUGGACUGGCGCCGCUGCCGGAGGGAUGGGAAGAACGGGUGCAUAGCGACGGGAGGACGUUCUUUAUCGAUCACAAUACCAGAACUACCCAGUGGGAAGAUCCGCGUCUUUCGAUGCCAAAUAUUGCCGGACAAGUGGUGCCCUACUCCAGAGAUUACAAACGAAAGUACGAGUAUCUGAAGGGACAGCUGAGGAAGCCGGCCAACGUUCCCAACAAGAUCGAAAUCAAGGUCCGGCGGGUGUCGAUCCUGGAGGACUCCUAUCGCAUCAUCAAUUCCAUCACCAAAACCGAACUGCUGAAGACGAAGCUGUGGAUCGAGUUCGAGGGUGAAGCCGGCCUAGACUACGGUGGUCUAGCCCGUGAGUGGUUCUACCUGCUGUCGAAGGAGAUGUUCAAUCCGUACUAUGGCCUAUUUGAAUACUCGGCGAUGGAUAACUACACACUGCAGAUCAACCCGUUUAGUGGUCUGUGCAACGAAGAUCACCUGCACUACUUCAAGUUCAUCGGUCGGGUAGCCGGAAUGGCCGUCUACCACGGUAAGCUUCUGGAUGCGUUCUUCAUCCGGCCGUUCUACAAGAUGAUGCUGCAGAAGCCUAUCGAUCUUAAGGACAUGGAAUCCGUGGACAUGGAGUACUACAAUUCCCUGCUGUGGAUCAAAGAGAACGACCCGAGCGAGCUGAUGCUGACCUUCUGCGUGGAUGAGGAAACCUUCGGUUACACGAGUCAACGGGAGCUGAAACCGAACGGAGCUGACAUCGAGGUCACGAAUGACAACAAGGACGAGUACAUCAAACUGGUGAUCGAGUGGCGUUUCGUGGCACGAGUCAAGGACCAAAUGCAGUCUUUCCUCGAAGGGUUCGGGCAGAUCGUUCCGCUGAAUCUGCUGAAGAUCUUCGACGAAAAUGAACUGGAGUUGUUGAUGUGCGGCAUCCAAAGCAUUGACGUCAAGGACUGGAAACGGAAUACUCUCUACAAGGGCGACUACUACGCAAACCAUGUCAUCAUCCAGUGGUUCUGGAAGGCGGUUCUGUCGUUUUCCAAUGAAAUGCGAUCCCGGUUGCUGCAGUUUGUGACCGGAACUAGUCGGGUGCCGAUGAACGGGUUCAAGGAGCUCUACGGAUCGAAUGGACCGCAGAUGUUUACGAUCGAGAAGUGGGGAACGCCGGAGAACUACCCGAGGGCGCAUACCUGCUUCAACCGAUUGGAUCUACCACCGUACGAAAGCUACCUGGCCCUGAAGGACCGCCUGAUCAAGGCUAUCGAAGGCAGUCAAGGAUUCGCUGGGGUGGAUUAAACCCCACCCGGAGCAUUGUAAAUACCCGUAUCUUUUGACAACCAGUGGAAGAGCCAACAUUCCUCUUAGACGAGUCGCAGCAGCUAGUAUAUCCAUCGCUAGAGCAACGCUAGCCUACGGUAGCUAUAUAUAAACAUAGACAAAAUACAUUCUCGAACUCCGUCGCUUCAAUAGCUUGACAACGCAUCACACCCACAAUAGGACACAUGACAAUCUACUCGUGACACACAUACACACAUACACACAUACAUUCUAAGUUCGUACGUUCGUCAACGAACCGAAAUCCAUAGCUACUCGCAGAAAUUCUCUUCUAGCUGCCAAAAACAAAAACCCAUUUUCCGCCGCUGCCGCCUACGUUGUUGAGAGAGAGAGAGAGAAUGAGUCACCAAUUAGUCGUUGUUCCGUGUUAGUUGAAAAUCCUAGCAAACCGUUCUAGAUAAGAAAAGAAAUUUAAUCCGAGAAAUUAUUUGCCUUACUGCACUUGCACCGUUUCGCUUUAACGAAAAAAAAAAAUGUUAGAACAAAUUGGACGACGCCAAAAUUUAGCCAACCUACUUAGCUAACGUUAUUCACAUGUGUGUAAAACGAAAAAAAAAACAAAAACAAAACAAAGGUAGUUGUUGUCUGUUGAUUGUUUGACCGUUUUUCCCCGAAUUCCUUUUCCGAAUAUUGUUACAAUGGCAGUUAGUGCACACAUGUGUAUACCCUUGAGCAAAAGAUCAGUUUUCUAUUUUAUCUAAAUGUGGAAUCAAACCUACACGAAGAAUAAUGCUGUUACUUAAGCUGUUAGAGCUUUUAUGAUGGAAAUUAUUAAAUAGUGAAAGAAGGGGGGGGGGGGGGGCGUUUUAAGAUUCGACAGGACCUGACGAGAGAGAGAGGGGGGUGAAUUGGACGUGAUUUAAAACAAAAAAUGCAAUUUGUCGAUAUGAUGCAAUCUAAACCGAUAGAGAAGGAGAGAAAGGGAGGAACAGCAGAAUUGAUAGAAGGGGGAGACGUCGUUAAAUAUAUAUGAAGGUAAUUUAUAAAAAUCAAAGAAAUACUACAUAGCUAAAUAUUUUCAAAGUAUUUUGAAUUCUUAUGACAGAAUAAAACAGCAAAUGUAAAGCAUUACGUGAAGCAA